UCAUUUCAGCGCAACCAGAGACAUCCUAGAGCAAAUAUGUCCAGCAUUCAGAGUUCAGAAUUCAGUUCAAACAAAGAAGGUCAAAAUGAGACUCUUAACUAUUUGGACAUAGAAAACAUGUUUACGUUACUUAAUCAUUUGCAAGAACAGUAUUGCAAGAGUAUACCUGAAGAAAAUGCAGAUGAUAGCCGUUACAAGUUAAUUGAAAAUCAAUAUGGAUGGUGUAAAGAAACCAGUGUUUUGAUAUCCGCAGUUUUCGUUAUGAUUUUGGAUUCCAUACAUGAAUUCCUAGAAAACCAAGGAAAAGUUCCAAUUGGCUCAGCUAAGGGAGAAGGAUUUAAUCACCAAGAUACAAUAAGACUUUUCAAAGAAUUAGUUGAAGAAAGUGAAAAUGUAAAGCUUCGUCAUUUCUUUUCUGCGUUAUCGUGUGCAAUUGAAGGACUACAGAUCACGAACUAUCAAAUUCAAGACGCACUAGAGAUGAAAGACUUGGAAGAUCAAGGAGACUUGGAUGGAUAUGAGAUUGAAGCAAGCAAUUUUGUAGAGAGGUUCCAAAAUUGCUUGAAAGAGUUCACGGAAGUUGGAAUUUAUGUACAAGCAUUAGGGAAAAGCAAAAACAAACGACCGUGCUUAGGAAUGUAUCAAUCAUUUGGAAAAUCUAGUGUAGAGCAAUUACAAAGGCAGCUAAAUAGCUACACUAGUCGAGUUAUAGAACCGUUACUCGCAGGGACUGAACAAGAUCCAAAUUCAUCGGAAACUCCAUCCUCCUCUUCCGACGGCAGACUGGGUGCGAGGAUGAAAACAGAGAGUAAGAGUUCCUUUACAAAGCUCUUCAAAAAGAAACGCUUUAAUCGAUCCCAGAAAGAACUGAAGGAACAGGAACCUGUUCGCGAGUAAUGUCGUCAGCAAGGCAAUGCAAGAAGCAGCCAGCACAAUCCAUAUCCAAGUGUUAUUAUUUAUUAAGCUCAAGAUUAGAUCAGCAUAAAC